AUGAAAAAGCUUCCUAAGUGCAGGAGUCCUGAUUCCAAUAUUCAGAUACUUACCUAUUUGUUCGGCAACAGCAGCAAUGGAUUCAUGUUUAAUGAAAGUGACAACCUGACCAUUGUGGAUUGGCAGGCCAAGUGCUUGAACGCCUAUGCAUCUACAAAUGAGGAUGGCGAUGCUGGCUGUGAAAUUUGGAGCACAUGGCCAACACAGAGUUAUAAUUAUACUACUCUUUAUUCUUUCUCACGGACAGUAUACAAUAUUAAUUCACCAAAUGUAAAUCACAGCCACGCAAAAAGAUGGUGGAUAUGGCUCAUCGUGGUGGUAGGGGGAUUUUUUAUCCCCUUGUGCUUCUUAUGCUACACAAAAUGGAAAAAACACAGAGCAAAAGGGGAGAGAAAAAAGAAAGAAAAGAUGCUUAUACAAGAACUUGGAGGUAAUGUAAUACCUUCCCCUGUACAUGACAAAGUGCAGAAGCAAAAUAAAGAUGGCCAAGCUAACCAUGAGCUGCAAAUCUUCAACUUUGAAAGCAUUUCUAUUGCUACAAGUAAUUUCUCAAUCAAAAAUAAAUUAGGAGAGGGUGGUUUUGGACUAGUUUAUAAGGGUAAAUUACCCGAUGGGCAAGAAAUAGCAAUAAAAAGACUUUUGAGAAAUUCUGGACAAGGAUUUGUAGAGUUCAAGAAUGAGGCUAUUCUCAUUGCUAAACUCCAACACACUAACCUCGUUAGGCUUUUAGGAUUUUGUAUUCAAGAAGGAGAAAAAAUACUAAUCUAUGAGUACAUGCCCAACAAAAGCUUAGACUUCUUCCUCUUUGAUUCUACUAAAAAGUAUUUAUUAAAUUGGAAAAAACGCUUCAACAUCAUAGAAGGCAUUGCUCAAGGACUUGUUUAUCUCCACAAAUAUUCAAGACUUACAGUAAUUCACCGAGACUUAAAAGCAAGCAACAUUUUGCUUGAUGAGGAGAUGAAUCCGAAAAUAUCUGAUUUCAGCAUGGCUAGAAUAUAUGGAUUGAAAGGUUCAGAAGAAAACACAAAUAGAGUUGUUGGAACAUAUGGUUAUAUGUCCCCGAAAUACGCUAUGAAUGGUGUUGUUUCGAUAAAAACCGAUGUAUUCAGCUUUGGAGUCCUACUAUUAGAAAUUGUGUGUGGCAAGAAAAAUAAUAGCCACUAUCAGUCUGAUGAUUUACUCAAUCUUAUAGGAUAUGAAUGGAAGUUAUGGAAUGAAGGCAAGGUUCUAGAGCUAAUAGACCCUGUAAUACUAGAUGAAUCAUGCCCUCCAUCUGAAAUAUUAAGAUGCAUUCGUGUUGGUCUCUUAUGUGUACAAGACCACGCAUUAGAUAGACCAACCAUGAUAGAUGUUGUUUCUAUGCUCUCAAAUGAAGCUCUUCAACUUUCUCCUCCAAAACAACCUGCAUUUUUUAUCAACAGAGUUGCAGAAGUGCUAGAAAAUUGUUCCUUAAAUAAUGUCACAAUUUCAGUGAUAGAAGUGAGAUAAAUAUAAAUAAUCCAGUAGUUACGUUUGAAUGUAUUCUUAUAUACACACCUGUGUGACGCCUGUGUGAUAAGGGCUAUACAUGAUUGACCAAUCAAGCAUUUAUGGCUAUAUUAAUGUGUUUAAUUAAUGAGUUAAUGAGAUUUUUAAUAAGGGAUCUACCCUAUAAUUG